AUGAUUUCCCCGAUACUACAAAAACAGCGACAAACAUCAAAAGGACGACGAAGUCAGCGAGCACCUGUCUUGAAUUUUGAUAGGUUCAAAUCAAUGCCAAAAUUUUACUUUGCAGAUGAUGUUCGUAAUGGUAACAGCAAAAAUGACAGUAAUGAGAAUGAGGAACGCGAGGAAACUGAUGAUCAGUAUGAAGCACAGCACUUUACAGAUAUGAGUGAGAAUAGCGAUGCAACUGUUGAUAAAAAAGAGGGUGCUUUUUGCGAAAGUUCGUUAUCCUUUAACAAUAAAGAUGAUUUACGAAUUGUGCAAAACAAAGAUAACAAAAGCCCCCCUAAUACGACAACGGCAAAAGGCUCAAUUACAGUUCGUACCGUUACAACAGCAGACACAGACCAAACAGAUUUGUUUAAAAUUCGUAACGAUUGUAAGUACGACGACAAUGAAGACGAUAAUAGCACUCAUUCUAGGAACAAUAUCGACAUUGGAGGCAAAAUUGAUGUAGAUAAUGAAACCGCUAAUCAACAUCACAAUGAAUUCAAAAAUGACAAUGAUACAUUUGCAAAUGACAUGUUAUCAUUAAACGACGAUAAAUUAAGAAGAGAUUUAUCUGCGUUCGCUCAAUCUUCCAAUCCUUUUUCUGCUUCUUUCUCAUCUCUUGCUUCUGUUCCCUCAAACAUAAGCCCAACGCCUCAUUUAGAACCUAAACUUACUACCAAAGAAUCAGCGCAUUCCAAGAAUUCAGUUACGAAACAAACAAGGGAAUCUUUGGUAGACAAAAAUACAGUCUGGAAAACGUCCAUUUCUGGUUCAUCAAUACCGUAUAUGUCGAAAUCAACACCACCAUCUCCAUGCGAACCUGCUCAAGCUACAUUGGUUACCGAUAGUCAACGUACGCCACUAGGGCCUAGCAACAGUCAACAAAAAACUUCAACAGAUGCUUUGACUCCUUUCAGUUUACCAAAAACAAACUCCCCUCCAGCUCUAAGAUUCGAUCCUGGAACAAAAAACCAACCACUCAAAUUCCACCCUCCAUUACCCGACCUGUUGAAUGGAAUUAGCAACACAUCGCAACCAUCACAUAUGCCGACAUUAUCAACUUAUGCAACACCAGUACAACAAGGUCUUCAACAAUUACAGCCAUUUCAAAUGUACACCAAUCUCUAUUCGACUUCUAGAGGGGAAGAAAAUUCUAAUUCUGGCAAUUAUAAGGUAAAUGCCAAUCGACCUAUCAUAAAUCCUAAAGGUAAAGGUAGGUUGAAGCAAAAUGCUGAACCCAGCUUAGUUUCCAACGCACGACAGCUCCUCUCUAUUGGUCAACCACCCAAGCUCACCGAACACAAACUGCAAGCUUAUUCUGCUAAGCCUACUCCACCAUCACUUAGCCAACACGAUAUACAACAUAGUACGCAUAAUAUAAGCCCUGCGGAGAAUUCCCCUACUACUCAACAUUCCGUCCUUGACAAAUAUAUAACAUCGAACACUACUAAUGCUGUCAAGCCCACAGAUAACAAUAUUAAUGUAGAUGAUUUACAAAACAACAUUCGGGAACAACGACAGCAUCCUCAGCAGCCGCAGCAAAAGCAUAAUCUUCCUGCUGCUACUUCAGCUACAAUAAAGGCCAGAAUUGCACACACUUUGACCUUUCAGCCGAACACAACUGACUUCAGAAGGCUUCAAUUAUCGAGCGUUUUUAUAAUGUUGGAAAAAACUUGCUCUGAAAGUUCAAACUGGUAUCAAUUGAAGAAACUGAAUUUGAGCAGGCAACAUUUGAUGCAACUGCAUGAUCUGGAUCAAUGUUUCCCGAAACUAGAAUACCUUAACAUUUCCCAUAACGACUUGAGAUCUAUCUCUGGAUUGCCCCGAUCACUCAUUUAUCUUUACGCAUCAGAUAAUAACUUGACUGAAAUCAAAUUGGGCAAUUUGGACAGACUCCAACACCUCGACAUAUCUCAUAACUCAGUCAAAUACUUGAAUGAAGAUACAAUGUCAGAAUUGAAAUCUCUUCGCAGGCUGGAUGCUGGUCAUAACGCCAUAACAAGUUGUAAACCGUUUCGAGUAUUAAGUGGUCUGGUAUCUUUGAACUUGAGGAAUAAUUCUUUGCGAACGCUAGAAAAUUUUAAACAGAUUAUGCAAAAUAAUCAAUUGGAAACCCUAGACGUUUCAUUUAAUCACAUUGAAAGUCUGGAUUCAAUCGAACGCUUACAAAAUUUACGCGAACUUUAUGCAGACCAUAAUGAUAUCAUGACAGUACAAAUAUCGGAACCCAUGAAGCGUUUAUUUAAACUACAAUUGAGCUUUAAUCGAUUAAAGUCAUUCGAUAUGUCAAGUUUCCCAGAAAUGCAUGUUUUAUACCUGGACGAAAAUCAAAUACAGCGUGUUAUUGGUAUGGCUUGUGUGAGACGGUUAGAUUCUUUUUCUAUGCGUGAUCAAGGAGGGCAGAACGUAGAAUAUAACUUGCAAUAUCUAAGAGGAAUACGAAAGCUGUAUUUGUCAGGAAGCCUUUUUAAUAAUAUGCGACGCUUGAUUGACUUUUAUUCGUUAGACUAUUUGGAAUUAUGUGCAGCUAAUAUUGAGGUAUUACCCUCAAAUUUCAGUCGGCAUGUACCUAAUUUGGGAACCCUUUACCUUAGCAAUAAUCGCUUGACAAACAUAAGAGCAUUGAAGAGAUUAAAGUAUUUGAAGCGUUUAGUUUUGAUUGGUAAUAGUCUCAUGAGCGCCAAUGAGGUGAUCGAAGUUGUACGCCAUAUGAGAUCGCUACAAUAUUUAGACUUACGAAAUAACCCCAUGUGUGAUCAAAUCUAUCCCCCUAUAUACCAUCAAAACUGGCACCCAUCUAUAAUUAAUUACGACGAGCAAGGUGAGGAUGUAAAUGAUCAGCAUCAAGGAGUUUCACCUUAUCUUUUGGCAGCACUGGAUCCGAACUGGAUAUUCCAAGAUGAAGAAUUUCGAAGCACCCUAUCUGAACGCAAUAUGUGGCGUAGGCAAGUAUUCCGCUCUUUUCUCAUUGAGCACUGUCCGAAGCUGGUUGAACUGGAUCACCUGCCCGUAACACCAACAAGUCGAGAAGAAGCAAAAGUCACUCUUCAACGGUACUCAUCCGAAAAAAGUAGAAGUGCUGCUCACGCCUGUACUGAGAGUGAGGAAGAGAUGACAGAUAUUUAUACUUAG